AUGAGACGGUGCAAGAAGAUCGCCAAUCGGCUGGACAUUAAAAUGCCGGAAGUAUGGCUGUACGACUCGCCGGACCCCAAUGCCUUUGCCACGGGGCCGUCGAAGAACAACUCGAUGGUUGCCGUUUCAACCGGCUUACUGACCAACCUGAACGAAGGAGAAGUGCGGGCCGUCCUGGCCCAUGAAAUGGGGCACGUCUAUAAUGGCGAUAUGUUUACGACGACGAUCCUGGCCGGCUUGAUGAAUACCUUCGUCUAUUUUAUCAGCAGAAUCGUCUAUCGCCAGGUAGCCGAACGCAAUCCCAUGCUGGGCAUCGGCGUCUACUUUUUUCUCCAGAUCGUCUUAUCGAUCCUCGCGAUGAUUCCCAUCAGUUGGUGGUCACGACGCCGGGAAUUUUCCGCCGACAAAUUUGCAGCCAAUACGGUUGGCAAAGAGUCCAUGAUCUCGGCGCUGCAAGCGAUCGACCGUGGGUCAAACAGGUCGAGUACCAGUAUCAGACGGAAGAUGCCCUGGCGACCAUGA